AUGCUCAAGGUGCAGAAGCUCUACGACGCGUGCAAAGCGGCCUUCUCCUCCCAUGCCGGCUCCGUACCGUCUCGCCAACCGCUCCAGCGGGUUCGCGAUAUCCUAGAGUCCAUCGAGGCUGCCGACGUUGGACUUGACGAGGUCGCUGCUUGCUGCGAGAAUCGCAACGCUGCGAAUUACGCCGCAAACCACGCCGCCACGGCUGCGGCAGUCGGGCGCUCCGCGCAAGGCGACGGCGCGGAGGCACGCAGCGGUGCGAACGAGCGGAACGGCAGCGGGGUUGGGAGUUCCGCGGAUGGGCGGAACUGCAGCGGAGCUGGAAUUUCCGCUGAUGGGCGGAACCCGGCGGGCGGAAGCGCGAGAGGAGGCGGGGAGGCAACACGCGGUGGCGCAGCUGCUGCUCCGAAAUGCUCUCCGCCAAUCACGUACCUGCACCUAUACGAGUGCGAUGACUUUUCUAUCGGAAUCUUCUGCAUCCCAGCGUCCGCAACCAUACCCCUGCACAACCACCCGGGCAUGACGGUGCUCUCGAAGCUGCUGUUCGGGUGCAUGCACGUGCGAUCGUUUGACUGGGCUUUUCCCACUGAACCCUCCACCGACCCUUACCAACCGCGCCUGGCAGAGCUAGUGGAAGAUCAGGUGGUAGCAGCGCCGUGCCCGCCAGACAUCCUCUUCCCCACCAGCGGCGGCAACAUCCACUCCUUCACCGCACUCUCCCCCUGCGCCGUCCUCGACGUGCUCGCGCCACCUUAUAACGCGGAUGCAGGCCGCCACUGCACGUACUUUAGAGAGCUCGCGCCUGCGAGCUUCCCGGCGUUGGAGAGCACUGAGGGGCUGAAGGAGGGUGUGGAGUAUGGGUGGCUGGAGGAGUUUCAGCCUCCUGACAGCUUUGUUGUGCGCCGUGGAAAUUACCGAGGGCCCAUGUGUAAGCGUAUCGCACGUGGGGGACUGGCACUGGGAGAGGCAAGGCUAAGCGAGACGGAAGAGGGAAUGUCUGAAGAGCUACAAGAGGUUGAGAUCGAGGAGAGAGAACCGAGAACCGUGGGAAGAAAAGGGAAAUCUAAGAAGACAAUGAAGGGUGGAGAAUUCAGGGACAAGGGGAACGAGGAAGGCCAAGGGAGGGAUGAGGAGAGUAAAAGCGAUGCCCCAACGGGAGCCAGCGGGUUAGAGACGAGAGGGAAUGAGGGAGCGAGGGUCGCGAUUGACACUGACGGAACAGACCGAUGGGAGAAGAGAAAGGAGCGAAGGGAUGGGCGAGAUGCGAACUUCCCUGGGGAGAAAUACAUAGAGAGCGAGAAAGCGAGUGGAGGUGAGGCGGUGGAAGAGUGGACAGCGAAACGAGUGCCUGAAUCAGAGGUACUAGCGGAGAUGAAAGCGCAAUCGAGUCCGGUCACCCAAGGACCGACCCCGUACGUCGGCAAUGGCGUCACGUGUGAGGAUACUAUUGAAGAAUCUGCUCGUCCCGCCUCUGUGGAAGGUCGACCCGCUGCCAUCAUCACUAGCAGCGUCACCGUUGACACUGCUGAUGCUGCAAAUACACCCAUUGUCACAAUGACUUCUGCUGCUACAGCUACUAGUACUGCUACAGCUGACGGCAACCUGACGGCCAUGAUUGGCGCAGACGGUAGCAGUACCGUUGCCUCACAGCCGGAGAUAUCACUCCCGGGAAGCGGGGAACCCAUGGCCAGAGCGGGGGAGGCGGAGAGCAGCGGGGCGACGGGAAGCGCCGGGGCGGCGCGAAACGGCGGGGGUUCGGGAAGCGGGGGACUGUUGCGCAGCGAGGAGGGGCGACGCGGGAGGAGGCGCGGGGAAAGGCAGUCAUGGAGCGGCGCGUGCAUGUUCUGGAGCAUCGCGCUUCUCAUCGUCGUCAUCGCCGCGCUCGGCGCGUACCUCACUGCCGACGGGCAGCUUCCCAACGACACUGUGCGAUACUUGCUCGUCGCCACCACCGUCGUCUUCGCCGUCGCGUCGCUCGCGCUGCUGCUAGCCAUCCGAUACGUCGACCCGGGAAUCGUACCGCCCUCCGCAGCUCCAGACCCCGUGGUGGUGCGCGCGGAGAUGGGGGACGUGUCUCCCGAGCUGUUGCGCGACUCCUCGGGCCAGUGGGUGCGCGCCAAGCUCAUUGCGCGCCAAGCGCUUCCGCGCAACCGCCACGCAGGCGCCCACCCCGCGGAGCGCGGAACUUCCCCCUUGGGCGCAACCGACGAAGAAAUGGGCCUUCCUGUCGAGGGAAAGGGGGGCGCGGAGAGGGAGGGGGAACCAGCGGAGGGGGGAGCGGAAGAGAAAGGGGGAGGAGGGCAGGAAGUGGUAGAGGAGGUGGAGACACAGCGGUACUGCAUUACCUGCCAUGUGUGGAAGGGACCAAGGACGAGCCAUUGCUCUGAGUGUGGGAGCUGCAUGGAGCGGUUGGACCACCACUGUGACGCCCUGGGCACAUGCAUUGCGCGCCGCAACCACCGCUUCUUCAUCGCCUUCCUUCUCGCCUCCUCCCUCGUACUGCCUCGCCUUGCCCAUCAACCCCACCUGGCUCCUUUACCUCACCUCACCCUUUCCCCUCAACCCUUGUACCUCAACCUGCCCAUCACCUUGCUCACUCAUCUCACGCCUCCUUAUUAA